CCAUCUUUCUUUCUUUCUCAUCCUCUCAGGACCAAGUUUCUUCUUCGAUUUCUUCCGACUCUUUCAAGUUGGAAUUUUGGCUAGAAAUUCUUCGCCUCUUCUCUCCGUCGCCGCCUCUAAAGUGUCCGCCUGGAUUGGAAGAGAAUGAGUCUUUAAGAGCUCACGAUGGGUCAGCCUCUACAAUGACUACAGUUCUGGUUAAUUUGAAUCUAGAAGUACCUGACACAUUUAGGCCACCUCCAGCACCUUUGCCAUAUGACGGGGUCUUAGGGUGUCCACAUUCAGCUGAUUCAGAGUCUUUCAAGGAAACUGUCAGUGGGGACAGUUUUCGGACGCUGUCUACAUGUGAAGAUCUUGAGGAAUUGGAUUGCAGAACACAGUCUAGUUCUUUACUUCUUUCACCAAGAAAACCAGAAGCCACAACAUUAACUGAAUCUAAUAAAUCAGCAACUGAAGAAGAGGAUACCUGUCCUAUUUGUCUUGAAGAGUAUGACGAAGAGAAUCCAAAGCUUGUAACAAAAUGUGAACAUCAUUUUCACCUCUCAUGCAUUUUGGAAUGGAUGGAAAGAAGUGACACGUGCCCUUUAUGUGAUCAGGAAAUGAUAUUUGAUCAAACUUUUGAUCAAUAACUCCUUAUUCAAGAUGGAAUUCUUUUGUUGUUUGAGAGUAAAGCUUUCCACUAAGGACAUUGCAGUUGCAUGCAUAUUAGGUUUCGGUUUUGCAGCUGGUCGGGCGGUGUGCCCACAAGAUUGACUUACCUUUGUUAUAUGAAAGGUUGCAUGUAUUCAGGCUGCCAUAUUUUCAUCGAUUCUUCAAGGCUUUGACUCGGGAGAGAUGAGAAUCUGAUCGACACAAUUUAUGAUGCAACUCUGGAUGUUGAUGCUGCUCUUCUGUGGUUGAAUAUUUUGUCGAUCAGUGGGAGAAAGAUGGUGUAAGCUACGAGGUAUUGAAGGGGUUAGAAUCAGUUUCUGAAAUUGAAUGUUGUAUGCUACCUUUCUUGUUUGCAGAACAGGAUGAGUUUACUUGUUAAUAUUAUCUAUCAUUUCCUUGGUUUUCUUCUCCCUGUUUCUGUAUUUGAGUACCAGUGUGCUACCUUUCUUUCGCUAUGGUUUUGUAAAUACAUAUAUUUUGGUAUUGAAAUGGAUUUAUGAUUUUGGA